CAAUGUGACUGUAUCUGAGAUCAUCAGAAAUUGUUUUUAAUCAGUGGAGAGUGGCUCUAAAAAUCAUGUUCAUCAUCAAAAGAGCCAGCUAUAAUUUCCUUAUCGGAGAAUCCAAAAACAUGAUGAUUUGCGCUAAAAGAAAACCACAACCUACAUUUAAAACCCCUAAAUGCGCCUCAGUAUAGUGCCAGUCAUUUUGAGAAAACAUUAAGACCUUGAAUUGAAGUUAUUACUUUGUAAUUGCACUAUAAAAGGCCUUUACAUUUCCUCAUCUCUGGACUGUGUGCAGAUGCUGAGGGUCUGGGAGCCAGCGGCGGAGAGGAGGGAGAGGACCGUCCCUUCUGCUCAGGAAAUGAGGGGAGUCUGAGGCAGGCACGGUUGAUAGGGGCUGGGCUGAUGACAGCAUCCUCCGCCGCUCAGUGGCUCCACACCUGACCGACUCCAUCAGAUGCACAGAUGAUGGAGCUCUCCGCGCUGCCGGGUUAUCCUGUUGCCACCAUUUCGCACGUCCACUGGCCGACACAUGUUCUACAAACGCCGUAAUCUUUUUUUUAUUAUUAUUAUUUUAUUUUUUAGGUGAAUUGUUUUUGCCGGGGUCUUUAUUUUAUACGCGUGAUUAUUCAGUGGAUGGCGUGUUCGCUUUUUAUUUAUUGUGAAUGCUGAGUGAUCGGAUCGAGGUGGUCUUUGUUUUUCCUUGAAAAGCGAACAGGAGUGGACAGAUGCUGCGUCGCUGGUAAACACCAGAAAUGAGUGUCAUCGAGUCAAGGUUGCCAAUCCCGGUUCGUUCUUGGACCAGAUUUUCGUUUUUCUCCUGAUAAAACAUCUGUCCAAUCCAUCUCUAACACAUCUACAAGUUGCUACACUGAGCAGGCUUCAGUCAAGCAAACAAAUGAUCCAAUCAAUAGCCACUGGACAGAGUCUGCCAUAGGGAGGAUAUCAAUAACACGCUAAUACACUUCACACACACACACACACACACACGGGCCAUGGCGUUGGAGAACUCGGUCUUCCCCUCCCGCCCAGACUCCCUCUCGCUCCCCGUGGAGGAGAAGGGGGAAGGGGAAGAAGUGGAGGUGGCCACCGAGGUCACCGCCUCCACUGGAGUCUUCAACCUGUCAGAGGAGCUGGGCCACGUCGUCACCACAGAGACGGCGCCGUCCCCUCCGACCUCGGCCAAGGUCAGCAGGUCGUUCCAGGCCAAGCUGGCCGAGCGGGAGGCCAAAGCCAAUCAGACCCGGAAAAAGACCCAGGGGACGGAGAAGGAGAGGGGACGAUUCGGGUGGGCCCGGACUCGGCGUAAGAGGCAGCGCUAUGUGGAGAAAAACGGUCGAUGCAACGUGCAGCACGGUAACAUGCGGGAGACUUACCGCUACCUGACCGACAUCUUCACCACGCUGGUGGACCUCAACUGGCGCUGCUCGCUCUUCGUCUUCGUCAUGGCGUAUGCUGUCACAUGGCUCUUCUUCGGGGCCAUCUGGUACCUCAUAGCCUACUGCAGGGGUGAUCUGGACCAUCUGGAGGAUGAGACGUGGACGCCGUGCGUCAACAACGUCAACGGCUUCAUCUCGGCCUUCCUCUUCUCCAUCGAGACAGAGACCACCAUUGGCUACGGCCACCGCGUCAUCACUGACCAGUGUCCGGUGGGCACCAUGCUGCUGCUGCUGCAGGCCAUACUGGGGUCAAUGGUCAAUGCCUUCAUGGUCGGCUGUAUGUUUGUGAAGAUCUCACAGCCCAACAAACGAGCCGAGACGCUGGUGUUCUCCAAACACGCCGUCAUCUCUCUGAGGGACGACAAGCUCUGCCUGAUGUUCAGAGUUGGCGACCUGCGCAGCUCCCACAUCGUAGGGGCCAACAUGAGGGCCAAGCUCAUCAAGUCCAAACAGACUCAGGAAGGUGAGUUCAUCCCUCUGGACCAGACGGACAUCAGCGUGGGCUUCGAGACGGGCGACGAUCGCCUCUUCCUCGUCUCGCCGCUGGUGAUCUCCCAUGAGAUUGAUGCGCAUUCACCCUUCUGGGACAUGUCCCAGGCCCAGCUGGAGAAGGAGGACUUUGAGAUUGUGGUCAUCCUAGAGGGAAUGGUUGAAGCCACCGGGAUGACAUGCCAGGCGAGGAGCUCCUAUCUAGCGGAGGAGGUGUUGUGGGGUCACAGGUUCAGCCCGAUGAUGUCUCUGGCAGAGGGUUUCUUUGACGUUGACUACGGAGCCUUUCAUCACACAUUUGAGGUGGACACGCCCUCCUGCUCAGCCCGAGAGCUCUCAUUGGCUGCAGCCAGACUCGAUGCUCACCUCUACUGGUCCAUCUCCAGCAGGCUGGAUGAGGAGCCCACCCUGGCCAACCAGGCGGCCAAGCAGCCGGACAGCAGCUCGGCCAACAGCAAAGGAGGGGAGCCGACGUUCAUUGUCGGGGAGAUGACCGACAUUCAGGAGCAAUCAGGACUGGGCGAGUUGAACGGGAGCGUUGCCACCGACCAGUCCGAAUCAGAGGCCUAGAACAGAGAAUGUUUACAAAGACCUUCAGUAUAUCACCACCACACCACAGUUAGUGUUUGCAGAUAUUUUCUUUCAAGGUAAAAUGAGUAGUUCCAUUAGGCUCAGUUCUACAGUAUAUGCCAUAUCUUGUUACCAUAUGAAGGAGUUUAUUUCUUGAUACUUUUGUCUUUUAUUUCUAUGUUGAUCUUUGUUACAAGUGUACUGUAUGUGUGCUAUCUCUUUUCAAUCUGUUGUGUUAGCUCCAAUCACCCUUGCCUAUAUCUACAUUUAAAUGACAAUACUAUGCUUCAGGUGGGGUCAACAAUAGUAUAUCCUGUGGACCAAGGUGGUUUAAUGUGCAGAGUUAAAUGUAUGGUUUGUUCACAUUUAAAAUAGGUACAGUGCAUAGACGCUUUAUUUUCACCUGCGCAUGAAUAUCACUAGAUGAUAUUGAGGUGUAGAAUGAAAUUGUAGAAACCUCAAGUUUGUUUAGAUUCAAAGAUUGUUCUAAGAUUUAUUGUGCAUCUGUCAGAUGUUAACAGGGUGGGAAAGAAACACCAGCCCAAAUGUGUCUACUCUGCUAGAAUCUUAAUUUAACUACAAACCAUCUUUUGGUGCUAGAAAAAUGUCCAAAAAACCUAUUUGGCUGACAAAAUAGAGACAGUGGCCGGUGAAUUGUGGCCUGAGGACAACAAAGCUGGUUUCCUGCCCUGAAUACAAACAAUUUCUUAUCAUCAGGAAGCACAGAGUAUUCCGUUUGUCAAUAACACUAAUAUAGAUUUGCUGACAUUCCUAACUGCACUCAACACGUUAUGGCCAAUAGGGUAUCUAUCUAAAACCUUUAAUGUAGAGACAGGUUAUCACUUGAGUGUGUCUGUGGCUUCGUUUCACGUAAGAUGUGUGUAGCACAGGGAUUAUCUAUCUUUUGUCCCCAGCCAAGUAGAAAUUAAAAGCACAACAGUGUGUCCUGCUCAGUUCAGCCCAAACUCCUGCUUCUGCUGCUGUGUAUAUAUAUGUGGCCAUUUUUACUUGAUGUUUUUAAUAUUUAAUAUAACACAUCAAUUAGAGUUAAUAAACUACAGUAUAUUACA